AUGGAGUGGAAAUGGUUAUGGGUGGUUUUGGUAGCAUUCCUAUUAGGAAGGUGUUGUGAAUGUGAAAGGUGCUGGGAGCAAGAAAAAAUUGCUCUUUUGCAACUUAAACCUUUCUUUACUCAUAUUAAAGAUGUAAAGAAUUAUUGGGUGGAUGAGGGAAAACAGAGUUCAGAUUGUUGUCAGUGGAAAAGGGUUGAGUGCAACACCUCCACUGGACGAGUGAUCCGACUCUUCCUUAAUCUUACAACUACUGAAGUCUAUGGUGAUUUAGUUUAUAAUUAUUAUUUGAGAAAGUACGAUUGGAGUGGGAGAGAUUCUUGGUAUCUCAAUGCCUCUUUGUUUCUUCCUUUUGAGGAAUUGAAGAGUCUUUAUUUGGGUGGCAAUUCUAUUGCUGGUUGUGUUGACAAUCAAGGUUUUGAAAAGCUGUCACUGAAAUUAGACAAACUUGAGAUCCUUGACUUAAGUGUUAAUCAAUUCAAUGAUAGCAUUUUAGCAUCCUUAAGCAAACUUUCAUCACUCAGGUCUUUAAAUCUAGCAAAAAACCAAUUCACUGGGUCAAAUCUGAUAGAGGGUAUGAAGAGGUUAUCAAAAUUGAACAAGUUAGAGACUCUGGAUUUAUAUGGCAAUGUAUUAGGAAACAACAUCCUAUCACAUCUAGAUGAUUUUACAUCUUUAAAAUCUUUGCGUUUGCAGAAUUGCGGAUUAAAAGGAACUGUUAAUUUGCGAGAAUUCAAUAAUUUGACAAACUUAAAGGAGUUGUAUUUAGGCGAAAAUCAAAUUGGGAGUCUCGGAUCUUUAUUUCAAAGUAAUGAACAAUUGAGGUUGAUCAAACUUGAGGUGCUUGGUUUAAGUGAAAAUCUCUUCAACAACAGCGUAUUCUUAUCCAUUGCUGCGCUCUUAAAGUUGAAGUCUUUGUAUAUAGCAAGAAACAAAUUAGAUGGGUCGAUACAUAUUAAAGAAUUGAAUGCUUUGACUAAUUUAGUGGAAUUAGAUAUCUCGGAUAAUCAAGUGAAUGACUUUGCUCCAUCCAAAGAUAAUGAAACGGAACUAAGGUUGAUCAAUCUAGAAGUGCUUGAUUUGGGGUGGAAUCUCUUCAACUAUAGCAUAUUGUCAUCCCUUGGUAGGCUUUCAAAUCUAAAGUCUUUGUCUUUAGGAGACAACUUGAACGGAUCAAUAAAUCUUAAAGGGUUAGAUGCUUUGAGCAAUUUGGAGAAUCUAUUUAUAUCCUGCUAUUACACCAAAGCUUGUAGCCUUUCACCGCAAUCGUUGGACUUGUUCCCAUCAUUGAAGACUCUUCAAUUGUAUGGUGUUAGUUUUAAUGGAACACUGGCUACUUGGAAAGGUCCAAUUCAUUUGAAGAAUUUGGAAUCCUUGUUCAUAUGGGACACUUCCCUGGAAAACAACUUUCUUCAAAAAAUUGGAGCAAUGCCUUCUCUCAAGAAUCUAGAAUUAUGGGACUGCGGACUCAAUGGCACCUUACAUUCCCAAGGUUUUUGUGAAUUGACAAAUCUCCAAAACUUGGAUAUUGGCUACAAUAAUUUAAGGGGUAACUUGCCCGAGUGCUUCUCCAAUCUCUCAUCGCUUGAAAGUUUAUAUCUUUAUUCCAAUCAGUUUUCUGGAAAUAUAUCUGAAUCUAAAAUCCCUCCAAACAUUGAGUCUUUCAAACAAUUACUUUGA